UCCCAGCCAUGCAAUGUUCUUGGAAGGCUGUGAUACUGCUUGCCUUGGCCUCCAUUGCCAUCCAGUACACGGCCAUCCGGACCUUCACAUCCAAAUCUUUCCAGCUUUGCCCUGUGCCAAUCCAGCAGAACUGUAGCCAGGAAGCAGACAGCCUUUUCGAGCGUGGAUGCGAUGAAUAUACAUAUUUUAGUUUCAACACAUCACGCAAGACCCACAUCCUGGUGUUAGCCACGACCCGGAGCGGCUCAUCAUUUGUGGGGCAGCUGCUGAAUCAGCACUUGGAUAUCUUCUAUCUGUUCGAGCCGCUUUACCAUGUCCAGACAGCUCUGAUUCCUCGUCUCUCCCACAGUCGGAAUGCGGCUGACAGGCGAGUGAUGUUGGGAGCCAGCCGGGACUUGCUGCGAAGCCUCUAUGGGUGUGAUCUGCAUUUCCUCGAGAACUACAUCAAGCCACCGCCAACUAACCACACCACAGACAAGCUGUUCCGUCGCGGUGCCAGCCGAGCGCUCUGCUCCCAGCCCGUCUGUGAUGCCUUCAGUCCUAGUGAGACAAAUGUUGAGGAGGGUGACUGUGUGAAAAAGUGUGCAACUCUCAACAUAACACUUGCUGCUGAGUCUUGCCGAGAUAAGCGGCACGUUGCCAUAAAGAUCGUCCGGGUACCUGAAAUAGGGGAUCUGCGGGCACUGGUGGAAGAUCCACGGCUCAACCUGAAGGUCAUUCAACUGGUCAGAGACCCACGAGGAAUCCUCGCCUCACGUAUCGAGACGUUCCGGGACACGUACCGUCUGUGGAGGAUCUGGAGAGCGACUGGAAGGAAACCCUACAACCUGGAUUUGACUCAGUUGACAGUAGUGUGUGAGGACUUCUUGAGCUCGGUUUCUACAGGACUCAGCCACCCAUAUUGGCUCAAGGGGAAGUACAUGCUGGUGCGAUAUGAAGACUUGGCAAGAAACCCUCUCCAAAAAACCAAGGAUAUCUAUGACUAUCUUGGGUUGUCGAUGGACAAAAAUGUAGUAGACUGGAUUCAGGCUAACACCAGGGGGAGUAACGAGCUCUUGACCAAACACAAGUAUGGAACAGUGAGAGAUUCAGCGGCUAACGCUGAAAGCUGGAGGCUCAAAUUGUCCUUUGAAAUGGUAGACUACACACAGUCUGUGUGCCAAAAGAUAUUACAUAGGCUGGGCUAUAAAAGUGUCAAGUCUGCUGAGGAACUGAAAAAUAUGUCCAUCUCGCUUGUGGCGGACAAAGUUUUUGUACCGUUUUUAUAA